UGGAAGCAAUGGAAGGCAACUUAAACGAGAAUUUAUUUUUGAAUCCAACCGUUCUUAUGGGAAUUGUUGACAGUUUAAAUGAUGAUGAUGAAGUUGAAACAACAAGAAUUCUCCUUCAAGAUAAAAUAAGAGAGCAUCAUCCGAAAAUAUCAAAUUAUUUUGAGGAAGUAAUUCCUUCGUACUCAGAAUCAGACUUCAAAAGUCAUUUUUGAAUGACACCAACAACCUUCGCUAGAUUAGUGGAUAAUCUGUCUCCAUUAUUAACUCCCAGAAAUGAUGGAUCAAAUGUGUUAAGUCCUGGAAAACAAGUUUGCAUUGCUCUGUGGUAUUUUUGCAAUCAAGAUGAUUAUAGAUCAAUCGCUGAUCGUUUCGGGGUCUCUAUCAACACAUCUUGGAGAUGUACUAUAAAAGUGGCCAAAGUUUUAAAAGAACUAUCUGCUGAUUAUAUAAAGUGGCCUCAACGUGAAGAAUUGGUGCGAAUUGAAGAAAAAUUUAGGGAGAUGGCAGGAUUUCCAAAUACAGUUAGGGCUAUUGAUGGGACUCAUAUACAGAUAUCCGCUCCUCCAGAGAACGCUGUCAGUUAUAUAAACAGAAAAAAUGUUUACUCAUUGAAUGUGCAAGCAAUAUGCGAUUGCGACCUUAAAUUUACUGAUGUAUUUGCCGGAGUUUGCGGAAGUGUACACGACGCACGUCUUUGGACAAUGAGUGACAUUAGUGCUGCUAUGGUAGCAGAUCUAGCACGAUUUUGUCCAGGAGAAUAUUACAUUAUUGGUGAUAAGGCUUAUGGAAUUGAAUACUUUUUGAUGACUCCUUAUAAAGAUAAUGGACAUUUGACACCUACGCAAGUUCAUUUUAAUAACAUUCUUUCUAAAACGCGAAUGGUUAUAGAACGUGCGUUCGCCUUAUUAAAAGGUCGUUUUCGGCGACUUAAAUAUAUGUAUUUACAAAAAAUUAAGUAUGGAGCUCUCAUUAUUAUGGCUUGUUGUGUUCUCCACAAUAUAUGCCUUGAUUUACAUGAUGAUAUGAAUGAAGAAAUAUUAAGAAAAGAAAAUGUUGUAAACGAUGAUAUUGAAGAGUUUCAAGUUUUGAACAGAGUAAACGAUGCUGCCAUUCGACGCAAAAGGGAUGUUAUUGCAGAAAUGAUUAUGCAAGAACAUGCAAGAAGAAAUUAGACAAAUGAAAAUUAUUAUUUUCAUGCUUUUUUAUCAUAUCCUGACUUUUCUUUUGCGUUACACAUUUUUAUAAUUA